GCCGAAUCUCUUUCUCUCUCCCUUUCCUUUUCUCCGUUCUGCGUCCUAUCUAUGACACUUUUUUCGAUGACAGUUAGACAGCAAAAUAAGUAAAGAUGUCGAUCACCGUGGAUUCUGUGAGAGAAAAAGCUCUUCAAGAUUAUAGGAAGAAGCUUUUAGAACAUAAGGAGGUCGAGUCACGUCUUAAAGAAAUGAGAGAACACCUUAAAGAUCUGACAAAGCAAUAUGACAAGUCAGAAAAUGACUUAAAGGCGUUGCAAAGUGUUGGACAGAUUGUUGGGGAAGUAUUAAAACAACUUACAGAAGAAAAAUUCAUUGUAAAAGCUACAAAUGGUCCGCGUUAUGUUGUUGGAUGUCGGCGUCAAUUGGAUAAAAAUAAAUUAAAAUCUGGAACUAGAGUUGCUUUAGAUAUGACCACUCUUACAAUCAUGCGCUAUUUACCACGUGAGGUUGAUCCAUUAGUUUACAAUAUGUCUCAUGAAGAUCCCGGUGAUGUGACAUAUAGUGCAAUUGGUGGUUUGAGUGAGCAGAUACGUGAAUUGCGCGAGGUUAUAGAAUUGCCAUUAUUAAAUCCUGAGCUUUUCCAAAGAGUUGGCAUCACUCCUCCCAAAGGAUGUUUGUUAUAUGGUCCUCCUGGCACUGGAAAAACAUUAUUAGCAAGAGCCGUCGCCAGUCAGUUAGAUGCAAAUUUCUUGAAAGUCGUUUCAAGUGCUAUUGUUGAUAAAUAUAUCGGAGAAUCUGCUAGAUUAAUUAGAGAGAUGUUCAAUUAUGCUCGCGAUCAUCAGCCUUGUAUUAUAUUUAUGGACGAAAUUGAUGCUAUUGGUGGCCGCAGAUUUUCGGAAGGAACAAGUGCUGAUCGAGAAAUUCAGCGAACCUUGAUGGAAUUGUUGAAUCAAAUGGAUGGAUUCGAUUCUCUGGGUCAAGUUAAAAUGAUAAUGGCUACAAAUAGGCCUGAUACCUUAGAUCCCGCGUUAUUACGACCAGGAAGAUUGGAUAGAAAAAUUGAAAUACCACUACCUAAUGAACAAGCUCGUUUAGAGAUUUUGAAAAUACAUGCCUUGCCAAUUGCCAAACACGGCGAAAUCGAUUAUGAGGCAGUGGUGAAAUUAUCAGAUGGAUUCAAUGGUGCUGACUUGAGAAAUGUGUGCACAGAAGCUGGACUGUUUGCAAUACGAUUAGAAAGAGAGUACGUGAUACAAGAAGAUUUUAUGAAAGCAGUCAGAAAGGUUUCAGACAAUAAGAAACUCGAAUCCAAACUAGAUUAUAAGCCUGUAUAAUUCAAUGUAUAAAUUGAUUUGCUAUUUUAUCUCUCAAAAGUGACAUUAGCUGUCUAUUAAUUUCAAUAUGAUCCAAUUUGGAUUGUUCAUUAUUA